AUGUCAUUUUUGGACAUCAAUUAUGUUUUUGGCGAUUAUUCAAACCAGUCAUAUCCAAACGAAUCAUACGUCUCCGAAAGUAUAAUCGAACCCAUUAUUGAACGAGGGCAGGAAGAGGUUGCAUCCGUGGUUCGUUGUAAUGACGGGUUUCAGCUGCCCGAUUUGAACCAAGAGUACGUAGAUGAUCCUGAAAACUAUCCACAGUACUAUCCGCAGUACCAAUACCCGUCUUACCAUCCGCAUGCGGAAGUAAAACGCGAGAAUGAGUACGAGGAAGGUAUUAAUCAUAUCGAGGAAGAGGAUAAUGAUUUCGAGGAAGUUGAUGACGACGAGGAGGUUGGUAACGACCACGAAGAACCUAACCUAGAUGUCUCUUUUGAAACGGAUCAGGAAUUUGGAUCUGUUGAACAGUUGAAGACUUGGGCUUACCAAAGGGCACUUACGCGUAAUUUUGUCAUUGUGACCAAACGAACUAUUUCAAAAAAUGAAAGGACAGUGAAGAUAUGGUUGUGUUGCGACCGUGCUGGCGAAUACAAUAGUACAGCCACAAAACGACGUUCUGGUAGCAAAAAGGUUGGUUGUCCUUUUACUCUAGUAGGAAGACUAAACUCAAAGAGUGGUGCUUGGAGGUUAAAGGUGAAGGCACCGGAACAUAACCACGAAGCUUCACAGCAUCUCGAGGGUCACGCAUUUGCAAGGAGGCUAACCCCGAACGAAGAACAUCUGGUGGAGAGUCUUUAUUCUCAAAACUUGGAGCCAGCUAACAUUCUUUUAACAAUAAGAAAUCAAAACCCACAAAGCGUGUGCAUUCUACGAGACAUACACAACGUAAUAAAAAAGUUUAAAAUCAGAAUGUACGCGGGUCGAACUCCAAUGCAAGUACUAGAGCAACAUUUGGUUGAAAAGGAGUACAUUUACUUCACACGACAGAAUCCCUCCACAAAUGCGGUCGAGGAGAUUUUCUUUGUUCAUCCUCACUCGUUAACAUUGUGGCGUGCAUUUCCACAUGUGCUCAUGAUUGAUGCUACUUACAAAACCAACGAGUAUAAACUUCCGUUUCUUCAAAUCAUUGGUGUGACAUCGACACAUAAGUCGUUUUGUGUCGCGCAUGCAUUUAUCUCUAAAGAAAAACAGGAUAACUUCUUAUGGGUCUUGGAAAGGCUUAGAGAUAUGCUACAAGAGUGUAUGGAGCCUCGUGUAAUAAUAACGGACAGGGAUCUGGCUCUGAUGAAUGCUUGUGAUAAAGUAUUCCCAAACGCUUCCAAGUUGUUGUGCAGGUGGCACAUUUCUCAGAAUAUUCUGAAACACUGCAAGGCAAAAUUUACAAAAGAUGACUGGAAAAUAUUUAAGCUUUCUUGGGCUCGAUUGUGUCAGUCUCAUACACAAGAUAUAUACGAGUAUAACUAUAACCGGCUUUAUGACCGACUGCAUAGUGAAGGCCGAAAAGAAGUUAUGGACUAUGUGUGUGACGUCUGGUUGAAUAAUUAUAAAGAGAGAUUUGUUUCACUUUGGACUAACAAAAACCAUAACUUUGGUCAACACACAACGAACAGAGUUGAGAGUCAGCAUGCCAACUUGAAGAGAUACCUUAAGGGGCAUAACAGCUCACUCCAUAGACUUGUGUUGCAAGUAGACAAAAUUUUAGAGUCACAAGUCAUAGCAAUAAAACAUAGUUUCCAAAACAGCUUGUCCGUGCCCAUGGGGGACCACAAAAUACCAAUGUUUGAUUACCUACGUGGUAAGGUUUCCCAUAAGGCUCUAGACUUGUUGCUUGUCGAGUCAAAAAAGUUAGAUGCCUUGCGGUCAGUAACAGGAACUUGUGGCCACCAGCUUUUUACGAGUUGUGGGUUGCCAUGUGCUUGUCGUUUGAACUGGUACCAAAGGACAGGUAACAAAAUCCCACUUGCUGGCAUAGACGUCUUCUGGACAAGACUAAAUGUAUUACCAGAAAAAAUCCAGAAAGACGAGAGUUACCUUCAGGAGGAGAUGGAUAAAAUCACACAACAACUACAAUUGCAACCACCACCAGUGAAAAGAAGUAUGAUCUCGAAGUUAUUAGCCGUGGUGAAUCCAAGUAUGACUGACCAUCGUCCACCUGAGGUACAAAAAGAUACUCGCGGACGCCCAACUGAGAAAGCACGACAACAGAGAAAUGAGGAGGCUGAUAAAGAUGAUACUAAAAAGAAAGUCGUGCAACGAAGUCGCCUAAAAAAAUCUAAAGAUAAAGAGAAAAUUUGUGAUGACGAAUUUCCACUAUUGGUUGGAAGCAGGUACAAAAACGUUAUCGACAGUUUUAAGGAAUGGCUUCCAACUAGGUACCGACCCUACAUUACAGAUAUAGAAAAUGUCCAGCCGGAUGGUAACUGUGGCUUUCGAUCCAUAGCUCGUGGUUUAGGGAUGGAGCAGAAUCAGUGGUUGUUUGUCCGCCAACAACUUCUAGACGAGCUGAUCAUUAACGAGACUCUGUGGAGACCUAUGUUAUGCAAACUCGAUAAAGAACUUUACAAUGAAAUAUAUAACUCAAUAGAUCAUCUGGAAGUGGCACCUGCACCAUAUCGAAAGUGGAUGCAACUUCCGUAUGCUGGAUUGUUGGCUGCUCAGAAAUUCGGUGUGAUAAUCCAACAUUUCAGUAAUGGUGGUAAUCAAACAUACUUUCCCAUGUUUGAUGGUCCGACGACUUACCCUGAUCAAACCACCAUGUCGAUUGCUUUUGUCAAGACGAACCACUUCAUCCUCCUUAAGUUAACCAAUGAUUGCCCAAUGCCUCCACCGAAUGGACUUUGGAGUUUAUACAGAACUCCCGAAGCUAAAGAAUGGGAGACACUAUACGCAUCUCGUAUUCAACAGGGUAAGACGUUAAUGGCAAGUAACAAAAGUCAACAUAAAGAGUACAUAAACGUGUUUGAUUAG